AUGGGAUGCUGGAGGACUGAGAGGAGGAGGAGCAGCCGCAUCAACAACAUCUCCGAUGGAGGGGAUACCGUUUUAAUGAGAGAAGGGAAAAGAAAGAGGCGGGGGGGAUAGAUAAGUGUCCGCCUAGCAGGGCAUAUUGGAAAGGAGGUCGGGAAAGGGCCGGUACCGCCAGGGGGAGGAGAGGGGGGUGUACAUGCACACGUCCGCCCGGGCUGACCGCUUGCGCUGGACGGGGGAGCCGGGCGGUCCGUCUCAGGCGGCUCCUCGGAGAGAUACAGAGAUACAGAGACAAAGAUACGGAGACUCUGGCACGGAAGAGCAGUCUGGUGGCGCACCUGUGCGGGUUUCUCUCUCUCUCUCUCGUUUUUUCCUCCCCCCUCCUCUCCUCAGUCCAGCGUGUUGUUUGAAUGCAUUUGCAGCGGGGCUGAGCCGCCGGUACCUGCUGAUCGGGCCUGUUGGAGGUCCGUCUCCCCAUGUAACAGAGCAGCCCGGCUCAGCGCUUCGCCCUCUCGCCACACAUUCCCCUAGUACUGCUUUUUGUGUGUGAGUGUGUGUUUAGCUCCUCUAGAGAUGUGAGAGUCGCCUGCCUCCCCCCCCCCUUUUUAAAAAAGAGAACCGCUGAUCAUUUUAGUUUUGAAACGACAUUUCUUUCGCGGGGUGACAGGCUUGCUGUCUCAACGACUGCUGCGGACGUGAACCGAUGUCUUUUCUCGGUUUGGGUUUCGGUAAUAACUUCAGUUUCGGACGAGACCAACCUGCGGAUGAGUAUGGAUCGCGGUCUGAUUUGCACGAAUACGCGGCCGCCUCUCCGCUGAAGGGGGACACAUUGCGCCAGCGAAGGGGCGAGAAUGCAACCCGUCUGAAAAUCUAGCCUGCCCCACCGGGAUGAGAUAAUACAGGCGGCACCGGGGGAACACGAACGAUUUGAUAUUUAUUCUGUCCUCGAUUUAAAGAAAACAGACAGACAGAGACAAAAGAAAGACAGAGGCGCGCACCAUGACCACGCCGGCCCUGCUGCCGCUGUCCGGGAGAAGGAUACCCACCCUCGCCCCCGGCUCGUCCUCUUUCCCGCACCACCGGGCCACCCUGCGCCUCUCCGAGAAGUUCAUCCUGCUCCUCAUCCUCAGUGCCUUCAUCACCCUCUGCUUCGGGGCCUUCUUCUUCCUCCCCGACUCCUCGAAGCACAAGCGCUUCGACCUGGGGCUGGAAGACGUGCUCAUCCCGCACAUCGACUCCGGCAGGGAGGGCAGGCACCCGGGGCAGCAGAUCAUCCACGGGCAGGGAGGGCAGGACGCGCACCGCCACAGGGAGGAGGAGGAGAGCCUGAGGAACAAGAUCCGCGCGGAUCACGAGCGGGCCCUGGAGGAGGCCAAGGAGAAGCUGAAGAAGUCCCGCGAGGAGCUGAGGGCCGAGAUCCAGACGGAGAAAAACAAGGUGGCGCAGGACCUCAAGAAGAAGGACAGCAAGCAGCUGCCACCCGUGCCCAUGCCCAAGCUGGUGGGCAUCCAUGAUGGCGAUCCAGGGGAUCCUGAUGUCAAAGAGAAGCGAGACAAAAUCCGAGAGAUGAUGAAGCAUGCCUGGGACAAUUACAGACAGUAUGGCUGGGGACACAAUGAGCUCAAACCUCUUGCCAAGAAAGGACAUUCCACCAAUAUCUUUGGGAAUUCCCAAAUGGGAGCAACAAUUGUUGAUGCCUUAGACACACUCUACAUCAUGGGCCUUCACGACGAAUUCAAAGAUGGACAGGAAUGGAUUGAGCAGAACCUGGACUUCAGUGUGAAUGCCGAGGUGUCCGUCUUUGAAGUGAAUAUCCGAUUUAUCGGCGGACUGCUGGCAGCCUAUUACCUGUCUGGGCAGGAGGUCUUCAAGAUCAAAGCUGUCCAGCUGGCAGAGAAGCUGCUGCCGGCUUUUAACACCCCCACGGGCAUCCCCUGGGCGAUGGUCAACCUGAAAAGCGGAGUUGGCAGGAACUGGGGCUGGGCGUCGGCGGGCAGCAGUAUCCUGGCGGAGUUCGGGACUCUCCACAUGGAGUUCGUGCAUCUCACCUACCUGACUGGCGACCCAGCCUACUACAACAAAGUCAUGCAUAUUCGAAAGCUGCUGCAGAAAAUGGACAGGCCCAAUGGUCUCUAUCCAAACUACCUGAACCCAAGAACUGGGCGCUGGGGACAACAUCACACCUCUGUGGGAGGACUGGGCGACAGCUUCUAUGAAUACUUACUAAAAGCCUGGCUGAUGUCAGACAAAACUGACAAUGAAGCAAGAACAAUAUACGAUGAUGCCAUUGAGGCUAUCGAGAAGCACUUGAUUCGGAAAUCGAACGGGGGGCUGACCUUUAUCGGGGAGUGGAAGAACGGCCACCUGGAACGGAAGAUGGGCCACCUGACGUGCUUCGCAGGCGGGAUGUUUGCUCUGGGGGCCGACGGCUCGCCGGGGGACAAGGCAGGGCACUACCUCCAGCUGGGCGCCGAGAUCGCGCACACCUGUCACGAGUCCUACGACAGGACAGUGUUAAAGCUGGGUCCAGAGGCAUUCAAAUUUGACAGCGGUCUGGAGGCAGUCGCAGUCAGACAGAAUGAAAAGUACUACAUUCUGCGCCCUGAGGUGAUCGAGACCUACUGGUACAUGUGGAGGUUCACACACGACCCCAAAUAUCGUCAGUGGGGCUGGGAGGCAGCACAGGCUAUUGACAAGUACUGCCGGGUCAGCGGAGGAUUCUCCGGAAUCAAAGAUGUUUACUCUUCCACUCCAGCGUAUGACGACGUUCAACAGAGCUUCUUCCUGGCGGAAACACUGAAGUAUCUGUACCUCCUGUUCUCCAGCGACGACCUGUUACCUUUCGAGAACUGGGUCUUCAACACAGAGGCUCACCCCUUGCCUAUACUGCACUUGGGAAACACAAGCCUGACAGGCAGCCAGCCCCUGCGAUAGGACUUGCUGCUGUAGUGUUUGCAAGAGGACCACCCUUGGCCAUUAAAGUGAUGCAAAAACUAAAAAAAACAACAGAAUAAAGUCUAUGAAACUCUUUACAAAGGGACUGCAGGAUUCUGUAGGGCGAAGAUCUUAAUUUUUCAUGUCCUCCAGAUUGGCAUUCAGGGUCAGAGCAGCUGCAUUUGACAAAUUCCAUUUUUUAAACCUGACCAAACUUUUUAAGGACAACAGCGGGUGUUGUUAAUGGAUGUGGAUUUGUUUCCUCCCUUCCAGCUCCUGAACAAGGAUUCUGUGACGUUUAUUGAUGUUUUUUGAAUGCCUACCGGAACACGUGAAUAGAAACAAACAGGGUCAUUUUUACUCUCUGUGUCCGAGUAGCCUGGCAUGGGGCAGCGCUGACUAAACCUAUUUUUAGUGUCACUUCGGUGGGAGCAGAGGUCAGAGAUUUUUUUUUCCAGUAUUCUUCGUAGUCAGUCGAGAUUAAAAUAGAGCUGAACAACCUGAACCAGUACAGUAGCAUCUUAGCAUUGUCGUACACUGCACUUCUACAGUUUCUUUUUAUUCUGAAGAACAACAUAAAACGAACGCAAAUGACCAUCUAAUGAGCCUGGCCGUCACAUGGCAACUACUGUACAGUUGCAUUAUUAAUUUAUUUUCCAUAUCUUCAUGGCUGAUCUUGUUACCCCCUCAUUCUUCCCUGGAAUGAAAACGGAGAGAAACGCAGCUUCUUUGUCCUGGUUAUCCCGGGCCUUUGUGUUCGGACUGGAGACAUUGUUCCACUUCCCCUUUGCAGUCAUGAAGUUUGUGCUGAUCGUGACGCUCUUCCUGAUCUGCAGCUGUGUUGGGAACGAGAGCCCAGCUCGGAACUUUUCUCCCUCUGCGCUGGCUCCAGAAGGCAUGCUGGGUAAUUGUCCGCCGGGAGGAAGACUUAUCUGAACGCCACUGGCCGCCAUCAAAGUUGUUCUGCAACUUUUCCCUCUUUUGUCCAUUCUAUGGUCAUUUUUAAAUUUGCUCUGCUUUUAUCUGAAGAAAAAAAGGUUUUUAUCCCUCUGUUGGAAAUUUUACGUGUUAUUAUGUUGACAAAUAAAAAGGAAUGUUCAAGAAG